AUGGUCACUACCCGAAGCGACGCUGGUUGGGGUCGUCAAUCGCCGCCAGCACCAUCACAUCCGCGCAUCGUCUCGCCCGUAGCGUGUUAUGCGGACGGAUACCAGAUCGACUCGCCGUGCUCGUUCACCCGCCACAUGAUCGGAUACGACCCAUCCAUGUCCCCAACAUAUGGGAUGAGGAAACAGCCUCGGUCGUUCGCGCAGCGGCUCCUCGCCCUCUUGAGACCCGAAUCACCGCGAUCAAGCCCAUGCCCACCACCAUACAUUCUUUACUGCGAUAACGACCUACCCGCAUACGAGGAUUACAGGUUGCCGCCAUACCGCCAGCGCGAGACAUGGACAGUUGGCGUCGCGGCAUAG